CCGGCUUCCGGUCUGGAGCUUCCUGCUUCGCUUCGCCGCUGCAGUCUUUCUCCGGUGGGUCAUGAGGAGAAACGUUUUAACGGAGGAAACCCGGUACCAGCUUCACUUCAUGGACCAAACUUUCACACGAUCGACGGACACACCUUGGACUCUAUGAUUCGACCACAAACAUCGAUAUCGAUUCAUCCAGGAGCUGCCAAAUCCUGAAACAUGGAGGACCCAAACAGACCUCAGCGUAAGAUGUCAACAGCAGGAGACAGCCUGUACAAAACCCUGGGCCUGGAGAAAGGAGCAACUCCAGAAGAUAUAAAGAAGGCAUACAGGAAACUGGCGUUGAGGCAUCACCCCGAUAAGAACCCAGACAACCCAGAAGCCGCUGACAAAUUCAAGGAGAUCAACAAUGCCAACUCCAUCCUCAGUGACGAGAACAAACGGAAGAUCUACGACGAGUAUGGCUCCAUGGGACUCUACGUGGCCGAGCAGUUCGGGGACGAGAGCGUCAAAUACUACUUCCUCAUGUCAAAGUGCUGGUUCAAGGGCCUUGUGGCGUGCUGCAGUCUCUUUACCUGCUGCUGCUGUUUCUGCUGCUGCUGUUUCUGCUGUGGGAAGUGCAAAUCGUCAGAAGACCCAGAGAACUUUGCCUAUGUGGACCCUGAUGUCCUCGAGGAAGAGAUGAGAGAACAGGACGCAGCAGGAGACCCUGUCAUAGUUAUUCAGCCCAGCGCUGCUGACACUUCAGAUACAGUCAACACGUCUCCAGGUGAAAAUGUACCGAUCGUGAUUGAACCUCGUGCGACCAACGGCACCUCGUGAACCAGCCGAGCGGAGUCCUGAUGAAACCACGUCGUCAUCAGCGGCUGCAUUGAUCUUUUUGAAAGCCGAUGAGUAUAAAUUAUGGCUUUGAAUGUGGCUGAAAAUGUAUUAAUCUCAGAGGCGCUUUUGUUUAAAUGAAGCAGCGAUUCAAUUGUGCCAUAUUUUUCUUUUUUUUUUAAUGUGCCAGUGGGUUUGUCUUUGAUCCAGUCUCCUAUUUAUAUUUAAUUUUAAAAUAUUGGGUAGUAUCUGGACUGCAGUGACAAAAUUACAAAGCCAUGCAGAUCAAAGCUCUGAAAUAAUUUGUUUUUUCAUGUGCACUUUAAUAUCUCAAGUUCAUGUUUAAAAUCGUGACGGUGCCACGACGGUCUGAGAACAUUUUGGUCCCAAGGGUCAGAAAUGUUUUUUUAAAGCAACGCAACAGGCCGGUUCCCGGUAUUUAGAAGCCAACCACUCGGAGAGUUACGAGGUGUUCAGUCAUACUGCACAUAGAUACAUAUUGUAGAAAGUAAAUAAAGGGCUUCCUGAGAUGAUGUACAGCGUAUUGUGACUAAACCAAACAGUGUAUGUAUAAUGUUUGGACGUCAACUUGUGUCUACUGUUGUGUGUUUGUCUGACAGCCUGUAAAUAGCUCAGUGAGCAUCAACAAAGUGAAGCAGAUAGGCAAUACAGGAAUAAUUCAACAUGUUGGGAGACACACUUAUUCACUUCUCUUCUGAAAGUUAGAGGAGAUUUAGACUUUUGACUCUCAAGACUGUUGUAUGAUUGCAGAGUUGGCCGUCUUUAAAACAUCUGUGAAUUGACUAUAUAGAACCAUAUUCAUAAAGUUGGGUUUGAACAGAAGACUCGGUGAUGUAAGGAGUCCAUAUUUGUUUCAUUUUCAGGAAAUUCCAUGUUGUUAAGCACUAAAUUGGAUAUAAAUCUUAAACAGCAUUUACAAGUGUGAAUCUGGUCAUUAUGAAUAACUCUGACCUGAAACAAACGUGGCUUUAACUAUGGAGCUGGACCUUGGGGGUUAUUAGCCUAGCUUAGCAUAAAGACUGGAAGCAGAGGGAAAAGCUAGCCUUGUUCAAAAAUCUACCUCUAAUGCUAACUUUCUGUCAUUACUGUUAAGUUUCUCCCUGCGAAGAAGUACAUGGUGGAUGGAUACAUUGACUAUGUUUACAUGCACAUUAAUAUUCUACUCUUAUUCAGAAUAUGACAAUAUUGUGAAUUUGAUACAGGUCGUGUAAAAGGCAUACUCCGUUUAGAUAUUCUGAAUUAGGCCUUAUUCCGAAUGGAGUAUUUUCUGAUAAUGACGUGUGGGAUAUGCCGAAAUUAUUCAGGUUUUAGGAGCAUUCUUUGGACAGCUCAUUCGCUCAUACGCGUCUCAAUUGGGGGGUUUUAUGUCAGUUUGUGACACACGGUCUCUUGCCUGUUUACGGCCAGCUCUGUGCGCGUUUUACACAAACCAACUAGCCGACAGUUUGCAGAGAUGCAAGCCCAAAAGAAAAGCCCACAUUUCUGGUCGGAAGGAGAAACACACCUACUUCUAAACAUUAUGAAAGACGCUAAUAUCGCAACGCCGACCUUCUCAAGAAGGUGGUUGAAGGAACGAAAGAGGGAGGCUGUGUUCGCACGGUUACGUUAAUCAGAGUAUUCACGGCUGCUUGUAAAUGGGAAUAUUAGUGGAAUAUUCAUUUUCAUUAGCCAUGUAAACAGCUUAGUAGGAAUACUGUCUUUUAUGGAAUAAGAACAAAAAACUGAAUAUUUUGUGUAUAUAAAUGUAGUCACUGUUAUUUGUUAAGAAAUAGUUCUUGCACAUAACUCCCCUUUAAACCACAGCUAGAUUAAAUCUCACUAUUUAACACGUUGUUUGUCGUUAGUUUAGAGGUUUUUAGAAGCAGGUUUUGUCCCUUUGGACAGUCAGGCUAGCUGUUCCUCCUUGUUUCCAGUCUUUAUGCUAAGAUAAGUGUCUCCUGGAUCCAGCUCCAUACUGACAUAACACACAGUCAUGACAGCGGUAUUAAUCUUCUCAUCUAACGCCAAAUUCACACCGGGCAGCAGCAAAGUGCGCCUCUCCGCAAUAAAUGCAUUUUUCUGCAGCCGGGAGGCGUGUUUACGAAUUCUUUGUAACUGUUACUGAUUGGCUGCGGGCCCUCUCUGGCCGCACUUCGCCGCUAAAAGUUUAACUUUUAGUUUGGCCGCGCUUAGCCGCAGAAUCAAACGACUGCAGCUCGCUGAGCUCCAGAGCGACCGCCGCAGCUUUCCAUAGACAUUGCAUGGCAGCUCGCCGCAGGCCGCACUUCACCGCUGCUCUGGUGUGCAUUUGGUGCAACACCUCAAAGAAAAUGAAUAACUGUAUUUCCCAAUAUAUUGAACCAGUUCUUUAAGACAUACUCAUAGUACUGUUCGUUUGCUGUACCUGCACAUAAGGUGACCUCAAUUAAAAACAGGGGGGUGUAAUACUUCUCAAGGUACUGAUAAAGCUCCCACUAAUUGUCUGAUAUUUUCCGAAAAACUCUUCCUACACUUGACGCCGAAACCAACUUCACUCGACGACCUUCUGAUUUCAUUUAUUGCCAAAAUGUUCUAGAUGAAUAAUCUCAGCUGUGUCGAGGCCUUCUUCUAAAGACAAUGAUCUCUCUGUGGGGGGUGUGAGGGGAUUAAUUGCCUGUAUGUGCCGUGAAAUUCUGCUCAAUACAGGAAUCCUGUUUUUAUGUAAAUUCAGAUGUAUAUUUUUGAUUGGAAGUUUUAUGACUAAUUGAGUGUAUAUUAAGAAAACGCCUUAAAUUAUGUCAUCUUACUUCAUGUUUAUAUUAUAUAUAUGUUUUUACCUGCUGGGUGUAGGAAUGUUGGGUAGAAUAUGUGCAUCGUUUUUAGCAUUUGAUCUGUUUUUCUCGGCUGACUUUCGCAGUCCGACUAUGUGUUUAUAUAAAGUUUAAACAAUCCCAGAAAUGUGUGUAAAAGUCAGUUUUGUAUACUUGACAAAAAACUCCACAAAAGUGCCUGAAUACAUAUUAGUGGGAUUUUUUUUUUUAGCUUUGAAUUUUUUUGAUCAAACGCUAAAAAGGAAAUUAAACAUUUUUGUUGUAUCAUCUAAACAUUCCCAGUUUUUUUUUCAAUUCUUUCAACUUUCCAAAAUGUUUGUUUCUGUAAAUUAAAUGUUUUUUCUGAUCGAAUAAACUUUGGUGAUGCUGGAAAUGUUA